CAUUCAGCCCGAAAUUCGCUAAAUCCCUUCGAGACAUGAAAGAUGGACGAGACCAAUUUUUCCCUUGCUAUCGUUCUUGACUUGGGGUCAUUAAUUCAUUACUUGAGGUAACUAACAAUUAGAAGUGUACUGAUUCGUUUAGCAGCAACAAUGGGCCCUUCAUCACCAAUUUGAUUAACCGAUUGCAUCUCCUUCCAUUCGUUUGCACACAACAAAAAACAUGAAGAUGUGCGCGGUCAAAGUGCGCGUGAUAUCGCUGCGAGGCUCGAUACGGUGAGAGGCGAGUUACAGUCACUACUAUGCUGCCGAUGUGUCAGCACAACGCGAAAUCACGCUGAUUGUUGUUUUAUUUCGCUCGCUAUUUCACUGGUAAAGGGUAAAACCUUUUUUUAAUUGGAGGCAGAAUGUCUGGGGUCAAUAAUAGGCUGCAUAAGCUGAAUACUGGACUGGUGACUUCUUGUGUCGUGGGACUUGCGUUGUCCUACUACUCCUACGUCGUAGAAACCGCCAAGGAGCAGGAUGAGAACUACGAGGCCAUGUGCGAUAUCAGCGAACAUGUCAGUUGUUCCAAGGCCUUCAUGUCUGAAUAUGGGAAAGGAUUCGGUCUAAUUCCAGAUACGUCAAUUUUAUACAUGCCUAAUUGUCUCUAUGGCCUAGGAUUUUACGCAAUUAUUGCGAUAAUAAGUGUAUUCAAUAAAUUUAGCUACACAGUGGUCCUGCUGAGUCUCUCCGUCCUCAGCUGCCUCUCCUCGGUGUACCUCGCCUGGGUACUUUACAUACUAAACUCAGUGUGUGUCGUCUGCGUCAGCACAUACAUAGUGAACGCCAUUAUUCUCGUUCUCAGCUAUCGAAAACUCCGGAUAUUGACGCGACCCGUCCCACCCGCUUACUCACAAAAGUCAAACAGGCGGAAGAGACACUGAACUCGUCAAACACCACACCUCAAAGCAAAGCAUCAAGUGCAUCCGGCCUUCGAUCACUGUAAAUUUUUCGACUAAAUAAAUUCAACAUCUUGACACUGUUAAAA